CAGCCUUUUUUUCAUUCCGGCUGUUGUCGCAAGUGGCCUAUUCUCUCGAUUUGUGCGAGGUCAGGUCACCUCGUGAAACUUCAGUGUCACACAACUCCUGCGCCCGUUUCAAACUGCUCUUCAGGAACGCCUGCUCUCUUUCCUUUCCGCGAGCGCUCUCCGGCAGGGCUCUCCGCAUAGCAUCAAAGGCAGGCCAAGAUGCAGAGAACAAGAUCUGUACAAUUCCGUUAAGGACGUGACUCCAUUCUUCUUGCGCCUAACACACCAGUCAAGACACUCCCUUUCUUACUCUCCCUCGGCUUAUAUUGAAUUUUAUCACGUUAGCGACUACCUCAUCCGUCUUGUGUCACAGAGUCCAGGUGACUCAAAGCCAUUGACACGGUUUCAAUAGCAUUUUUAACCCCGCGUUUUCCAGUCGAGUGUAUAGUCUAUCAAUAUGGCUUACGCUGCUGCCUCGCCGUCCGCCCUGAAUGGCGAGACUCAACCGAAUUCAAAAGUCCCAUCCAUCCCGAAACUCAAGCAUACAAAACUCCCUCGUGUCAUCACAUCUCUUCCGCUAGCUCCGGCUCCUGCUUCGGCUCCUACUCGCACAUCACCUCUUGCGACCACUCCGAACUCCUUGUUUCCUACCUACGUUCCUUCCAAUGCUUCUAGUCCCUCUGGUACCCCCUUACAGACUGCCACAGACGGGCCUUGCUGUCGUGUUCCUUCUUACCCACUCGCCAACCCAGGUCCUUUCGAACUCGGUGAAUCUAUGAUGGCAGACAAUGCCAAUGCCUCGGGUGACACCGUCAUCCCCAAUCCGUUCAAAGGUCCCGGUUUGAUGCGUCGUAUAUCUCGGGGUGCAGCCAACAAACUCACACGGAGGAGGGCAUCGGCUUCCCAAAAUGAAAAACGUGACCGCAGCUCCGGUCCCGUCAUCAUGCGUCGUCGCCGAGACAGUAAAACCAGCACACAAGGUCGGGAAAGCGCUCUUGACUCAAGCAACGAAGAUGACAGCAUGGAGGCUCUUGAUUCUUUAGGUGCCUGGCGUGGAACCGAACCGUGCAGUCUUUCUAACGAAGAUAUACUAUCCACUUCUAAUGGCAGCGUGGCCGCCCCGAAAGCCGAUCCAGCCAUCCAGCGCGGUACCUUGCUGACAAAAGUAACCAAGAAACGGCGGAAGCAGGUGCAGUUUUUUCUGGACCUUGACACCGCCAAAGUUUACUGGGAUGUCUCCAACCCAAAUAAGCGGUUCUACAUCGACGACAUGAAGGAGAUACGUGUCGGACCAGAUGCCCGCAACUACCGUGAAGAACAUCAGGUCUCAGAAGAUGCGGAAAGCCGCUGGUUCACGAUCAUAAUUUCCGAUUCUGAACGGUCUAAGGGCCGUACUGUCAAAACAUUGCAUCUAAUCGCUCCAAACCGUCGCAUUCUUGAGCUUUGGACCUCGACUUUGGAACACAUUUCGCGGUACAGGAUUGGCCUCAUGGCUGGCUUGGCUGGUUCUAGCCAGAGUGAGGCGGUCCUGAAGGCACACUGGCAGCGUGAGAUGCCGAGAGUCUUCCCACAGGGCAUCAAGCCUGAUGAGGAAGAAAGCCUCAAUUUUGGAGCUGUCGAGAGUGUAUGUCGCAGUUUGCACAUAAACUGCUCGAAGAAUAUGCUUCGGGCCCAAUUCUCGAAAGCGGACGCUAGCCAAAAGGGAAGACUGAACUUUAUCGAGUUCAAGGAUUUCCUAAAGCGGCUAAAAGAGAGAAAAGAUAUCAAGGAGAUCUACAAAGCCCAGGCUGCAGACCAUAAGGCUGGUCUUACCGUUGACGAAUUUCUGUCCUUCUUGCGCAACGAACAGGGGGAAGACGUUGACUCGGAUUGUGCUCACUGGGUUUCGAUCUUCGAGAAGUUUGUUCGGAAAUCGAAGCCGCGUGGUCUCAAUGUUCCCGAAUCUCCAGUGACCCAGACACCACCACGAAUGGGCCUGGACGCUUUCUCUUCUUAUAUCACAUCGGCUUGCAAUGGCAUUUAUGCGUCCAAAUCACCCCAGUCAAGGUUCGAUCGGCCUCUAAACGAGUAUUUCAUCUCGAGUUCUCACAACACCUACCUUUUGGGACGCCAGGUGGCUGGAGCCUCCAGUACCGAGGCGUAUAUCACCGCUUUGACGCAAGGCUGUCGUUGUGUGGAGAUUGAUUGCUGGGACGGUGCCGAUGGGCGACCGAUCGUAUCGCACGGCAGGACCAUGACCACCAGUGUUCUGUUUGCGGAUUGCAUCUCUGUUAUUAACCGUUAUGCGUUCGUGGCCUGCGACUUCCCUGUAAUUCUGUCCCUCGAAGUCCACUGCAAUCCAGACCAACAGCUGGCAAUGGUGAAGAUCAUGAAGGAUGCCUUCAAAGAAAAGCUCGUUCUUGAGCCUUUGAUUGCGAAGACCUUUAUUCUGCCAUCGCCCGAAGAAUUGAAGGGUCGGAUUUUGGUCAAAGUCAAGACGUGUGAUGAGAUUGAAGGGGGCAUGCGGCAGGAUUCGGCACCCUCCUCCACAGCUACAACCGUUGCGACUUCACCUUCCACGGGACGGAAGCGCAGUUCGAGUUCACCUUUUCUGCGUCCAUCGGCAGCCGAUAUUUCUAUGCCCGCCGGCCUUCCCCCUCUUUCCAGUUCUCACACCAUUCAACCCGAUGGAUCAGGUCCCAUGAUAACACAAGAAAGACGGUCACUCACAACAACGAGCAUGAGCAGUGCCACUGAUGACAGCGAUAGUGCUUUGAUGUCUAUGCCACAAGACAAGAAACGACGCCAGAAGAGCAAGAUCACCAAGCCACUUUCGGACUUGGGUAUCUACACCAAAGGUUACAAAUGGCACAGCUUCACAUCUGUUGAUAGUCAGCGCUAUAACCACGUGUACUCCUUUGCUGAACGAUCAUUCGAAGGUAUCUGUCGUGAACACGAGAACAAAGUCAUGUUUGAGAAGCACAACCGGAAAUACUUGACGCGAGUCUAUCCGUCCGGUUUCCGCUUGCGAUCUUCCAAUUUUGAUCCUCUGAAGUUUUGGCGGCGCGGUGUGCAAAUGGCGGCUCUCAAUUGGCAAACGUAUGACAUUGGUAUGCAGUUGAACCAGGCCAUGUUUGCUGCGGGCACCGACCGCACAGGGUAUAUUUUAAAGCCAGAGAGUCUCCGCGUCUCUGACCCAUUCGAUGCAGAGAAGAAGCUCAAAACCGAACGGAAGCGUGUCGAGUUCUCUGUUGACGUAAUUUCAGCUCAGCAACUGCCCCGCCCAAGCAGUAUCGGACCCGAUGAUAACAUCAACCCGUACAUUGAGAUCGAAAUGUUCAGUGCUGAUGACCGUGGCCAGAGCCUGGUUGUCGGAGAAGGAGGCAUGAAUGCCUCUGCGCGCAACGGUAUUUCUGGACUCGGAUUCCCACAUAGGCGGCGCACCAAAAUUGAACAAAGCAAUGGUUACAAUCCCAUCUUCAACGAUCGUUUCAAGCUGUCGCUUGAGACAAAGUAUCCCGACUUGGUUUUCGUCCGCUGGGUCGUGUGGAGCUCUGUCGAUGGACGCACCCCUGGCAACAACAGCGUCCAAUUGGCCACCUUCACCGCGAAGCUUAGCAGCUUGUCUCAGGGUUACCGGUACUUGCCGUUAUAUGACGGCAGUGGUGAUCAGUUCCUCUUCUCGACCCUCUUCUGCAAAAUCACCAAAAAGGAGCCCGUCCCUGUUCCACGACUGGAGGUCGAGGAACUAAGGGCCGAGAGAAUGGGUAUUCUCCGACAAAUCAGUCAAACCGUUUUCAAACGUGGUACAUCCACUGAACGGGAUCGGGAUCAACAGUCGGAGAAGGGCAGCGAGCCUCUCGCAAGUCCGGAAGACAGAUACACUACUUCUCCAGUCUUAACCCCUACCGUCUCUGCUACAUCGACGACAUCGUCCUUGCCUCUAUCAUAGAUGUGCGAAUAGCCAUCUAUCUCUCGUUUUAUCCUUUUCUUUCAUCAUUUUCAUUUUACUAUUUGGUUUACUGUUUUCGACUAUCACGACUCAUCUUCCCUCAUC